AAUGGGAUGAAUUAUACCUGGCUCAUCCAUAGUCAUAAUUAUAGUGGCUGUCUAUUGGACGGGUGAGCCGCAGCUCACUGCCAUACGCCGCGUGUUCAGCUGUUCAUUUAGAGGAGAGCAGCAGGAGAGGAGAGCGCACAGAGCAGCGGACACAGACACUGAACACAUCUUUCUCUGUACCGGGCGAAAGCAUGCGCAAAGACGCGCAUUUUCGUUUUUACGCACGAGCAACAGUUGGAAAGAGAAAUAGACUCUGCCUAAAGUUGAUGUUCUAAAAAGCUAAUUUUAAAUUACUGAAUGUGUGAAAGGAUUUUUUAUUUUUUUUCUUCACACACAGCACAGUCUUCUGGUCUGAAAGCGUGUUGCCCUGCGCGCUCACCACGACGACUCACGGUAACCAGACUGGUUUGGCACGAAAUCUUUAACACAAUUUAGUGAUGAUUUAAGUUAAUUUCUAGACUUUUUGCUGCUGUGAAUUUCAAGAUGGAUCCUUUAUUCAACUCCACCGAUGGGCCAAACUGGACCAGCUCUCCAAAUGACACCAAUAACCAUGUGAACGCCACGUACGGGAACCAGUUCGUGCAGCCAGUCUGGAGAAUUGUACUCUGGGCCAUGGCGUACAGUUGUAUAGUAAUUGUGUCCGUGGUUGGUAAUGUGACAGUGAUCUGGAUAAUCAUGGCGCAUAAGCGCAUGAGGACAGUCACCAACUAUUUUCUGCUAAACCUGGCGUUCGCCGAAGCCUCCAUGUCGGCGUUCAACACCGUCAUCAACUUUACCUACGCCGUGCACAACGAGUGGUACUUCGGACUGGUCUACUGCCGCUUCCACAACUUCUUCCCGAUCGCGGCUGUGUUUGCCAGUAUCUACUCCAUGACUGCCAUCGCUCUGGACAGGUAUGUGGCCAUCAUCCACCCCCUGCACCAGAGAAUGUCAUCCACAGAGACCAAAGUGGUGGUGGGGGUCAUCUGGGUUCUGGCUCUGCUCUUGGCCUUCCCUCAGUACUACUACUCCAACACGGAGCAGCUGCCUGGUCGGGUAGUGUGUUACAUCGACUGGCCUGAAUACACCGUGUGUGACUUCAAAAAGAUGUACUACGUGUGUGUGGCCAUCCUCAUCUACUUCCUGCCUCUUCUGGUGAUGGGUUGUGCUUAUCUGGUGGUGGGGAUGACCCUCUGGGCCAGUGAGAUCCCUGGAGACUCCUCCGAUCGCUAUAGGGAGCAGCUGAUCGCUAAACGAAAGGUGGUGAAGAUGAUGAUCGUGGUGGUCUGCACCUUCGCCUUCUGCUGGCUGCCCUACCACGUCUACUUCCUGCUGUACGAGUUCCUUCCUGACAUGUUUGAGGUCAGGCUCACCCAGCAGUUCUACCUGGCCAUCAUGUGGCUGGCCAUGAGCUCCACAAUGUACAACCCCAUCAUCUACUGCUGCCUCAACGACAGGUUCCGUGCCGGUUUCAAACACGCCUUCCACUGCUGCCCAUGUGUCCCUGAAGGCUCCUACGAUGGCCUGGAGAUGAAGUCCACUCGCUACCUUCAGACUCAGACCAGCGUCUACAAGGCCAGCCGGAUGGAGACCACCGUAUCUACUGUUCUCCAGGUCGCAGAUGAAAUGGGGCAUUCAAAAAUCAAGUCUGCAGCGUUCCCAGGCUCCUGUGGCGCUGCGGUACGGGCAGGGCCUCAUAGCUUCUCCCUGGAUCUGACGUCCAAUGGGACAUCAUCCAGAAGUGUCUCCAAGACAGUGUCAGAAACUUCCAGUUUCUACUCCAGCAACAACAUGCAGGAAUAGACUGAUGAAAGUGGAGUUUCUCUGGAGAAUAUGUUGCCUGUCUGUCUUUGAGUGAGCUGUGAAUGUGUGACUUCAUCUGCAAGUGUUUGAUAAGUCUAAGGAGUUCACCGGAACAUUCUGUAAGGACAGGGACAGAGAUUUCAUCUUUACCCCAUCGCCCUGUAUUAAGCCUCACGCUUCUGACCAGAUCAACAUUCAUCGGAGAGAUUCAGAAGAUUUAACAACACAAGCACAUUCCAGUUUAAGAGCCAAACUGAAGCAGGCGCCGCUGAGCUUCACAGCAUCAGCUCCUCACACCAGACACCACCUUCUCAUCUUCUCUCAAUGAAGAGAAAAGCUUCACACAUCCUAAGUCACACAAGCUGUGUGACUUCACACAGCCUAUUUUAGAGAGAGGAGCUUUACCCAGAGAAGAGCGGGCUGUGACACAGAGUAGCAUUCUGUUCUAACAGAUUGCGCUCCCUGAGAGGAGGAAAAAAGUAAAAUAAAAGUGAGUUGUUUUUCAUUAGAUGUUCUCACAGGAAGGUUUUCACAGGAAGUCCCUCACCAGCAGACACUGAAAAACAGCGGUUUCACUUUCACUUGUGUGUCUGUGUGUGUGUGCACGUGCGUGCGUGUGUGUGUGUGUGUGUGUGUGUGUGCAGAGCAAAAUAUUCAAUCUUAAACAUGUAACAACAAGACAGGUUUUCCUCAAACUAAAAUAGAGAUUGAGUUCCUUCCUGGCUGGAAUGGGACUCUGAAGAUCUCCUGCCGACUUGAUUGGAGAGGUCUGGUCAUCACCUGACAGGUCAACCAUCAAGAUCAGCCUCCAGUCAAAUAAACAUUACUUUGCAACAGCAGGAAAGAUCAUCUUUGAACGUCGUAACAUCAGGUCUACAGAGAACACAGGAAGCUAAACUGCCCAGAGUGAGACGUCAGUCCAGACUGGACAGUGGAGCAGGUGAAAGUUCAUCCACCUCAAGUUAAAUGCAAGUUGCAAGUUACUUCUACGUUUAGGGUGAAGUGUCGUCAGCACGACGAGGCAAUUUGGAUUUUUUUGAAGACCGUGCUUUGACAUGAUGUUGUGGAGAUGAAUUAUUUUGGUACUCUAAUAUGAGUAAUAUGAACUGAUUGAAACUGGACUGAAAACAAAACUAUUAACAUGCGUAAGAAUUGACAGAUUGACAGCAAACCUAGUCCUGCAUACAACGGUCACUCACUAUUCCUCACAGCUCUGUACAUGUGUGUCCACAGUUUCUUCAUCAGGCCUCCACCCAGGUCCAAGGUGAAACCCAUGUCCUCAAAUAAGUUCAUGAACCUAGACUAUGGUGUCCAUCUCACUUCCAAAACAAAAGCCCAAAACAGUGUGAGCUGAGAUGAAUUGACUUUUUAAAACGUUUAAAUGUGCUUAGAUUUCCAACAACUGAUCAGAAAUAGUUGCUACAGAGUCCGGUGUACUUCUAGGUGUUUUGCAAGUUACAGCCAACAACCCAGCAGCUCAUCAACUUCUUACAAAAUAUUGUGUUAUUGAUAGAUUUCAGCCCAUUUAAGAGUUAAGAAAAAACCAUUGUUGGUUUUGCAGCUUAGCCACCAAAACAUCCAGACCUGUUCUCUCUGUUUUUUAAAACAAAUAUUUUUCUGCUUUUUGGACACAGCAAACAGUGAACCUCAAACUUUAGGCACGGCUUUACUUUGACUUUCAUACAUAAAAGAAAUAUUCAGGUAAAGAGUCCAUAUCAGGUAAAAACAUGGCUAUAUAUAUACAUUAUAUAUUUUUGUGUGUUUUGGGCGAGCGCUCACAUUUUUAGUGGUAACAUGGUUUUUUCACAUACACACACAUACACGUAAAGUAUUAUUAUAAACUGAUUCCACAUAAUAACCCACCACCACCAUCUUGUCAAGAGUCAUUCAUUUCAAUGUGUUCUAUUUAUAAAACGUAUAAAUAAUCUUUUCAAGAUGCUGCGGCUCGUACGUCAGUUUUAUUGCUUGAAAUUAAAUAGGACAAAAUUAUUCAUCGGCAAAAUAAUUUUGACCCCAGUGACCUACAGUUGGACUUUUAACUGAAUCCACAUGAUUUGCAUUUUUGCUGUGCACAUAACAAACAGCCAGCCUUAUCUGCUGUAAACAGUUAGGCUACAUUUAACAGACAAAUAUUCCAUCUGUGUCACAGAGGGCAGAAAAUCUGUUUUAAUAAGUCGUAGUGGUUUCUAAAUGAAUACUGAGAGGUUCAGAAAGGGGGUUCAAAAAAUAAAUUUCAUCUUCUGCAUCAGAAAUCAAGUCAGAAUUAACACAUUUUAUUAUUAGAUAAAGAAGUGUGCCACGUGUUACAUUCACUGCCUGAAUAAUCAGGUUACAAGGUGAAUUUCCCUUGCACUCUACGGGUACGGCACGUGCUCAUGCAUGCAAAGAAUUGUCACCUGUUGACACUCAUCAUUGUCUGUCAGUCUGUGGCACGCACGCACGCACGCACACACACACACAUGGACCGUCGCCCUCCUAACUCCCAUCUAUUCUCAGCCACAAAGCUUGUUGUGAUAAAUUCCUCUGUCAGCUGACGUGAAACUAUGCAGCAGAUGUGAAGCAGGUGAUGUUUAUAGAACCACAGGGACAAACUCUUUUACAGAAUUACAUUUUGUUUCACAAUCAAAUUAGGGUUUCUGUGAAAAUCUCUUAGAGAGCUUUUACUUAAUUAUGAGUGACAAAUACUUUACAGAAAAGUGCUGGGGUGGAGUGCUGGAGUGCUGCAGACUUUUAGGUUGGAUAAUGACAUGUCUUUAAACUUCACAUUGUGGUAAACAUUUUUAAAUGUUUUUAGGCACAAACUCCAACACUCUGUCUUUAUCCAGACAGAAGUAUCUCUAUAAUUUUUUUUUCUCCAAACAAAUGCUGACGUACAUGUGAACUGACUAGUUGAUACCAUGACCUUAAACCAGUGGUUCUCAAAAAUGUUUGGUCAUUGGGUUUUCCAGCCCCACCUGCUGUUAUGGCCCCGACAAAAGUCUUGACAAAUUACAUUUCACAUGAAUUGAACUAACAGCAAUGGACGUCAUAUUUGCCUUAAAUCCACCUAUGAUUCAUUAGUUGCUACUGUCACUACUUACAUGAUGAAAACAAUCUUAAUCAGGCCCUUUUUUAUCAGAAUGUCAAACAUCAGAAAAUAAACCACAAAAACAUUUAUUUUCAAAAAUCCCAGCUCUACAGAAUGCUGAUAAGGUCUGCAGGUCCAUCACUGUCUCAGCACAAGGUUCAUUCCUUUACAAGUGACAAGGAUAUAUAUUUCAUAAAACCAAGAUAAAUAGAAAGAAAGGUCACAUUGACCAGAGAAGAGGAAACAAUAUACAGUGAACAUGAGAGGAUAAUAUUUACUUGUCAUCCACCAGCGAUGAUGAUCUUUUCCUUCAUGUUGACUUUAAUGUCAGUUACAUUUUCCUCUGAGCUUUGGGGAAAUAAAAGUCCUAUACAAGUCAUCAGGUCAGUAAUGACUUGUUUUCCCAAAAAUCACUGUGGGACUUUCUGAUCACGUCCCUGACUUUGAUGCUGUCUGCUAGAAUAUUGACAUGAUCUGAUAACAUGAUGUUUUAAUGGUAGCAACAAGAGAUAUUAAUGUCCAGUAUUUCUGAGGAUUUUCCCAGCAUGUAUAUUUUUUACAUACGCAUAAGUAUUUAGAUUGAUGAUGUCAUUCGUAAAACACUAUACACCAUCCUUUAUGUUAAAAUCACAUUAAUUAAUCAAAUACAUUGUUAAUGACACAACAUACUGGUAAAAGUAGCCAAAAUGUUUUUGAUUUCUUGUUCCAAACGACUGCAAAUCUUGUGUUGUUCAGUGUGUAUACAGCCACUACUUCAGAGAAGAUGAAAAUGUUAUGUUCAAGAAGAAAACAAUGAAACUCUAGAAAGUAAUUUUUUAUAAGCUUUUAUUAUCCCAUUUUUUAUUUGUAAGAUUGUAAAACUCUAGGUUACACUCAUUUUUGGUUUCUACUUUAACUGAACACAAGUAUAAAAACAUUCAUGAUGAGGAGAUUUUUUUCUUUUCUUAUUACACGGCUCAUCUGCUUCAAUAACAGAGUUAAUUGCAUGUCAUGGCAUCAAUUUUUAAUAAGAGACUUAGAACAAUGGCAGUCAUUCGGGCACAGAAACAAAGUAAGGCCGCUUUUAUGACAAAUACAUCAAGUUGUAAUAUACGUAAUAUGCAAGAAGAAACCCAAACUUUACAUUAAGGACUUAUUGCCAUUCUUUAUUGGCAUUUUUGGAGUUGUCACCGUCUGUGGUUGUAGUGGUACAGACAAACGCUGACAGGUUGCAGUGGAGAGGCGCCAGGCAAGCUGCACAGCAGGGUGAAAAUUCUCAUCAGUACAUCUCUUCCUCUGUUUCUGUCCCUCAUCUUCUAAUCAGGCUAAUUACAGCAGCAGAAAGGAGAGGAGAGGAGAGGAGAGGAGGGUAGAGGAGAGGAGAGGAGAUAGGAGGAGCAGGCGAACACACAUUCACCUCCCGCACAGCAGCCAAUGAACUCACACACUCACACACACAAGGUCUGUCUCCCUGUGUUCUUAUUAUACUCAUGCAUCACUGGCACAGAACUCCAUUGAUAAAAAUGUGUUGUUCAAAAUCAUGCUUUACCGUAGUCGUCCACGCAGCUGUGUUUGGGGUACGGCACAUCAUUUUAGCUUCUGCUUGUGUACUUUUUGGAGUCCAUAAACCUUAUGGCAAAAGAAAUAUUAAUAGAUGGAACAUGUUGUCUGGUUUAAACCAUAGAAGAGGUAAACAAGUCUAAUUCUUCCAAACCUUAGUUGAAACACACCCUGGGGGUUGUUUGUUCCUUCGAUUCUCAGUCCGGUUAUGAUGCACAAUUAUCAGAAUAACAAAUGACACAAAACGUGAUCCAAAUUCAAUCAACAGUCACAAUAACCAGCAGAGACAUCCCCUACUGGUCGGUCAAGGUUAUUUCUGCUUCACUUUUAGGCUCCUCCUAUCACCAUCUACCACCACAUGUACAGAGUGUGUUGUUUUUCCCAUGUCUAGAUGAAUUUUGUGGGAUGUUGCAACUUCUAAACCCCCCCUGGACUGUGAUGAUAUAAGUAACUGUAUUUGUGUGUUAUGUUAUAUAUACUUUAAUGGAGACAUGUUUACAAUGAAACAUAGUGUAAUCUUGAGACUACGAGUGUGUGUCCUUGACAAAAGAAAAUACUGGUGUGGAGGAAAUUUUUACAGUGGUAGUUCUACUGUUGUAUCAUGUGUUUUAAUGUAAAAAAAAACAACAACAACAAAAAAAAAGAUCCUUGCAAUGACACUCUGCCUUUUUAUGCCGUAGCUUUGAUCAUAUGUUUGUCAGUAGGAUGUUAAUUAAAAAUGUAUAAAACAGAUCAAAUGACUAUCAAACAUCACAAACACACACUCCGAACAUCUGAUGUUUAAUAACUUUUGUAAAUGUAACAACACUAAUGACCUUACCAUGUAUGUAAAUGUAUUUCAUCAACAGUUACAUACAGUGUGCCCUAAAACUGAUGUUGUUCAUUUAUAUCAUUUUGUUUCAAUUCAGCACUGCCGCUUAUGACAGUAAUUAUUUAAAUAUAUAGUGUGUAAGAAAAACGUAACGUGAUGCCGAUAAAUCUAUCUUUUACUAAAUGAAUAUGAAUAUAUUGUGGCCACUUUUGCCAUUAACAGUCAAUGUUCUGUAUUGUGUUGCUUUCAGUGUUGCUUUUGUCAUGUCUGCAUUUCUAUCACUGCAGGAAUAAUAGAGCACACCUAGUCAGCACAUCCACGUGGGCCAAGAUUUCAUGAUUGUAAAUACAUACAGUAUGAUGGCCACCUCUGACAAUGAUACAGCAGAGGCUUUUUUUUUUUUUUUUUAACAAAUUAGGAAUGCGUUUGGGCCUUGUUUACAUGUCUGACUGGUAACAGAUUUAGAGAUUUUUAAACUGAGAGGCAAAUGUCAGACACAUUUCACCGUUCCUGGCUUUUUUGGGGAUGAAUGUUUGGCCAAACUCCAACGACUGGGUAAAAAUUAAUUUUUGCCGUAUUGGAGACGACCUUUGACUGGGAUGCCACCAAAUAAGGAUUUAGCAAAGAAUAGAAAACUGCCAAAGUGCCAUUGGUCCACGACCAGAGUCGGUCCAAUUAAAGUUACCAGAUAUGGAUGAGCUCCAAAUAAAAGCGCUGGCUGUGAAGUGAGAUUUAAUGUUAAUCUGUUUCAUUCAAACUGUAGUCAUGCUUUUGCUCUUUAAAAAGAAAAACCUGAUGUUAUUUUCCAGUGGCUACUGUUUUAAGGUGACAGUGUAUCUGUGGAUGCUGUUAUUGUUGCCUGACUAUAGUGGAGUCAUGUUUACUGUACAGUGAAUGUGUUUACCUGCGCAGUUGGACAAAACUGAUAAAACUGAUAAAUCUGUACAUCUAUUUUAACGUCUUGUAAUAAAGAACAAGGGAAACUGCAGUAAUGACUGACA